UCGGAGAAACUUUGGAGAGCUUCAUACUUUGACGUAGUUUAUUGCUUUUUUGUAGCUUUAAACGGAAAAGCAAUCAACAAAAUCCCUCUCUCUCUCUCUCUCAUUUCUCGAUAGACAGUGACAACCUGAAACUGGCCUGAGAAAGAUGCAAAAGCGGUUUGCCGGUUAUGCUAUCCGUAUGGGAUAUUCCCGAUCUGAGACUAGAAAUUUAGAAUUUAUUUCGCAUUCUAAUGCCUGCAUCUGACCAACACAUUCCCACUGGCUGCCCUCGCUACGUUCAAAUGCUUUCAGAGCAGUCGACAAUUUUCUCUCCUCGUUCUUUCCGUCAAGGUUCCGAACCGACAUGGAUUUUCGAAGAAUUGCCAAAGGCGACGAUCAUCUCCGUCUCUCGGCCCGAUGUCGGCGAUAUCACCCCCAUGCUUCUGUCCUACACCAUUGAAUUCCAGUAUAGACAGUUCAAAUGGCGUCUACUCAAGAAAGCUUCACAAGUUAUCUAUUUGCACUUUGCACUGAAGAAACGUGCAUUUAUUGAGGAGAUUAACGAGAAACAAGAGCAGGUAAAAGAGUGGCUUCAAAAUCUUGGCAUAGGAGAUCACACAACAGUUGUUCAGGAUGAUGAUGAAGCAGAUGAUGAUGCUCUUCCUUUACAUCAUGAUGAAAGUGCUAAAAAUAGAGAUGUGCCAUCAAGUGCAGCUUUACCUAUCAUCCGCCCAGCACUAGGAAGGCAGCACUCUAUUUCAGACAGAUCAAAGGUGGCAAUGCAAGGGUACUUGAAUCAUUUUCUUGGAAACAUGGACAUUGCAAACUCUCGAGAGGUUUGCAAGUUUUUGGAGGUUUCUAAGUUGUCAUUUUCACCGGAGUAUGGACAAAAAUUGAAAGAAGAUUAUGUCAUGGUAAAGCAUCUGCCGAAGAUCCAAAAAGAUGACGAUAGAAAAUGUUGUGCCUGCCCCUGGUUUAAUUGUUGUAAUGACAACUGGCAAAAGGUCUGGGCUGUAUUGAAACCUGGGUUCUUGACUUUUCUUGAAGAUCCCUUUGAUACAAAACUUUUAGAUAUUAUUGUAUUUGACGUGUUACCAGCAUCAGAUGGAAAUGGAGACGGCCGAGUAUUUUUAGCAGAAGAGGUGAAGGAACGCAAUCCUUUACGUUAUUCUUUUAAAUUUAGUGUUUACGUUUAUCAUCAUGUAAACUGA